AUGGGAGUCCGGGAUUCAUCUCUGCGACGUGUGAUGCAUGUUUUUGCCCUCGUUGUUGUUCAGAUGUGCCUCGUCGAGGGAGACCUGAGCUAUUCUCUUCCAGAGGAGAUGAAACGGUCAUCUGUUGUUGGAAAUAUUGCCAAAGACCUGGGUGUUGACCCGAGGACAUUGUCUGCACGGAAUGCUCGAAUUGAUGUUGAAGGGACGCGUAAGCAGUAUUGUGAAAUUAAUAUGAGCACUGGUGACUUGAUCACAGUGGAGCGAAUUGAUAGAGAAAGUCUUUGUGACAAAAAGCCCUCAUGUAUGAUAAAACUGAAUCUGGUGUUAGAAAAUCCACUGGAACUGCAUCGCAUUGUUAUUCAUAUUCAAGAUGAAAAUGAUAAUUAUCCUAAAUUCAAAAACAAUUUGAUUGAAAUGGAAAUAUGGGAGUCAGCAGAAAAGGGCAGCUGUUAUUCCAUUGAAAAGGCUCACGAUGCAGAUAUUGGCCAAAAUGACGUUCAACGAUACAUUUUACAGAAAAAUGAGAAUUAUAUUCUUAAUAUUGACAAUAAUAAAGUUGAGCUUGUUCUCGAAAAUAAGCUUGACAGAGAAAAGCGAAGUGAGAUGAAUUUGCUUCUCACAGCUUUAGAUGGCGGCUCUCCUCAGAGAUCAGGUACCGUAGUCAUCCACAUUACUGUACUGGACGCUAAUGAUAACACCCCUGUAUUCAGUCAGGCCGUUUAUAAAACCAGCCUGCCUGAAAACUCUCCUUCAGACACAAUUGUGAUUAAAGUUAGUGCUACUGAUGCUGAUGAAGGAGUAAAUGGAGAAGUGACGUAUGACUUUGGCCAUGUCUCAGAUGAUAAUGUGAAUGUAUUUUCCAUUGAGCCUUCUACAGGGGUGAUUAGAGUCAAAGGUUUAAUUGAUUUUGAAGAGAAAACUUCGUAUGAGAUGAGUAUCGAAGCUAAAGAUGGUUUAGGCCUAACGUCCUAUGGAAAGUUAGUUGUAGAUGUUACUGAUGUAAAUGACAACUCCCCUGUGAUCAAUAUAAAGUCAUUGUCUAAUCCAGUCGCAGAGAAUGCAUCACCUGGCUCUGAGGUGGGCAUUAUUAAUGUGCAGGACAGAGACGCUAAGAAAAACGGACAAGUCCGCUGCUCCAUUCAACAAAACUUUCCCUUUAAAUUAGUUGCUUCAAUUCCAAACUAUUAUUCUCUGGUAACUACUGGACAACUGGACCGUGAAUUGGUGUCUGAUUACAACAUAACAAUCAGUGCUACUGAUGAGGGAUCGCCUCCUCUAUCCUCCUCUAAGAGUCUUCAUUUGUCUGUAGGAGAUAUUAACGACAACCCACCCAUUUUUGAUGAAGAUUCCUACAGUGCUUAUGUGAGUGAAAAUAACCAAGCAGGCUCCACUUUAUGUUCCGUUAGCGCCCGAGACCCCGACUGGAGACAGAACGGUAGCGUGAUUUAUUCUCUGUUAGCCACAGAGGUGAAUGGUGCCCCAGUAUCCUCCUUUGUGUCUGUUAACGGGGACACGGGGGUUAUUAACGCCAUCAGAUCAUUUGACUAUGAACACUUGAGGAGUUUUCAAGUCCGUGUCAUGGCCAGAGACAACGGUUCUCCUCCACUGAGCAGCAACGUCAGCGUCAGUGUGUUUGUCUCAGACGUAAAUGAUAACUCUCCUCAGAUACUCUUUCCCGCUCCAGAGGGCAACUCCUUCAUGACCGAGCUGGUACCCAAAGCUGUGCACGGAGGCUCUGUGGUGUCUAAAGUGGUCGCGGUGGACGCAGACUCAGGACAAAAUGCUUGGCUGUCCUAUCAUAUAGUCAAGUCCACAGAUCCCGGACUUUUCACCAUCGGUCUCCACAGUGGAGAGAUCAGGACUCAGCGGGACAUUUCGGAAUCUGACAACAUUAAACAAAACCUGAUAGUGGCAGUGAAAGAUAAUGGACAGCCCUCUCGCUCUGCCACCUGCUCCAUGUAUUUAGUUCUUUCCGAUAACUUGGCUGAGGUGCCAGAACUGAAGGACAUUUCCUACGAGGAGAAGAAUUCCAAACUGACCUCUUAUCUGAUCAUUGCCCUGGUGUCUGUGUCCACCUUCUUUCUGACCUUCAUCGUCAUCGUCCUGGGUGUGAGGUUUUGUCGCAGGAGAAAGCCCAGACUGUUGUUUGACGGAGCAGUUGCUAUCCCUAGCGCCUACUUACCUCCUAAUUACUCAGAUGUUGAUGGAACGGGAACUUUACGCAGCACCUACAACUAUGAUGCCUACUUGACAACGGGUUCCAGAACCAGUGACUUUAAGUUUGUAUCUUCCUACAACGACAAUACGCUGCCUGCUGAGCAGACGCUGCGGAAAAGUCCAAGUGACUUUACUGAUCCUUUUGAAGACCUCAAUAAGGCUGGAGAGCAUCAGAUAGUUUGUGUUCGACAGGAGAUUGAAAUUUUUGAUCACUGA